GGUUGUGAAAGAGGUGUGUGUGUGUGUGUGUGUGUGUGUGUGUGUGUGAUUUAAAUAUUACAGUAUAGUUCUGUUAUUUUACUGGCACAGUGACUCGUUAAAGCGAUGAUCGUUGUUUCAGUUCCUACACAGCUGGAACACAAGUUUGUUGUUAUUUAGUUCACUUUACAAGCCUGUUCGCAAACACACACACACACACACACACUCUCUCUCUCUCUCACACACACACAUGGCAUGCAGAGGGCAAAACAAAGAAGCUUUCAGUCUGAAAAGCGAUUUUGGCUGCUGCCACGUUGAGUCGUUGAAAGAAGGAGCUGUUAAAUGAGUAAACAGGGCAGCAAGGGGCAGGAACACCGAACCUCAUCUCUCACACACACACACACACACACACGCGCGCGCUAACGCUCACAAACUCCAGCCUGCAUAAAGGUUCACUAAAAGGAUCAUCUGGUGUUUGCCUUCACUGAGGUCGAGGUGGAACUAAAGGUGGACGUGAAGAAGGAGGGGGAGUUCUGAUUUUGGAGUUUAAGAAGGGUUUUUUUUUGUGGAUUUAUGGAAAUUUUGUCAGAGUGGAAAAAACGCAAAGGCUACAAAAUCACAAAGUCGAGAUUUUAUUCCCACCAAAAGCGAUGUUGCACCGUGGUGGAGGCACAACAUUCCAACGCUCUGGUCGUUGCUCUCGCUCUGUUGUGUUUGCUGCUCCUCCUCGUGCUGAGUUUGAUGGCUUUGCCGAUCCCCACACUGGACACGCCGGAUUCGGCUCGACGUUCCGACCCGAGGAGCGUGACACUUCUUCUCUGGUGGCUGCCGUUUGGUCACAGUGUUCCUCUCCCUGACUGCUGGAGGAGCUACAGCGUUGCAGGUUGUAACAUGACGUCAGACAGACGUGCCUACACUCGCGCUGACGCCGUCAUCAUGCACCACCGUGAACUGGUGAUGAGCUGGGAGGAGCUCCCGGAGAAGCCACACCACCCGAUGCAGAAGUGGAUCUGGAUGAACUUCGAGUCACCAUCGCACUCCGGGUUUCUGCACCAGUUUGAUGGGAUGUUUAAUCUUACCAUGUCGUACCGCUUGGGAUCGGAUAUUUUCCUACCGUAUGGUUACCUUCAGCAGCGGCGUUUCCGUGGAAACAGACAGAUCUAUAUUGGGCAUAAACGUGGAUUGGUAGCAUGGGUAAUCAGUAACUGGAGCGAGGAGCAGGCGAGGGUGCAGUUCUACCACCGACUGCGGCGUUACCUGCACGUGGACGUCUACGGGCGUGAAUUUCGUCCACUGGUAAACGACAGCGUUGUGGAAACUGUCUCACACUACAAGUUCUACCUCGCAUUUGAGAACUCUUGUCACACUGACUACAUCACGGAGAAGCUCUGGCGCAAUGCUCUGGUCUCCGGCGCUGUUCCAGUCGUACUCGGGCCGCCGCGAGAGAACUACGAGCAAUUUCUUCCUGCUGACGCCUUCAUCCAUGUCCAGGAUUUUAAAGGUCCACGUGCACUCGCUGCUUACCUCAAACACCUGGAUCGAAACCCCGCCCUCUAUCGGCGUUACUUGGCUUGGAGGCGGGACUACAAUGUGCAUGUGACCUCGUUCUGGGCGGAGCACUUAUGUGUGGCGUGUCAAGCUGUGCAAGCGAGCCUUCAUGUGAACAAAACCAUCAGAAACCUCGCGUUCUGGUUUGAGUCUUGAAGGCAGCUGUGAAUGAGUCCAACACCAAAGCCGAAGUGUAAUGGACGGUCAGGGCCAGCGAAGCCUUCUUCACUAUCAGAAGCUCUGACCUACAUUUACAACCUAAACUCUAAUAUUUGUUCCAUGAAAUUGUAUUAAUUUCUUCCAUCAGUUUCUUCUCUUCAUGUGGUAGUGUUUCUCUCGGCUGCACUGCUUCAGUACGUGU